GGCCUCCUUGGACCCCUUCAGUUUGGGGGGAGGGGGGGGGACACAAAGCCACCUGCCCAACAGGGUUUUGAAACACCCGACCCACCAAGGCCCCAUUGGCCUCUGCUGCCUCCUCCAUCAUUUCGGGGGGAGCUUGUGGGGAAAGAGAGUGCAGCCCCACCGGCAGGGGCCCCUUGGCCCCCAGGUUGGUGCUUCCGGCGGGGGAGGCUUUGUGUGCCGCAGAGGGAUUCUCACGCACCUCUCCCUGGCAGGGAUCCGUUCUUGGGAUAUCGACCUGACCGCCUGCAACCUGGAUCAGCAGCUCAAGCUCUUCGUCUCCCGCCACUCUGCGACUUUUUCGGACAUCGUGAAAGGCCAGCGUGCCCUCCACCAUCGUGGCGAUGUGCUGGAAACCUUGGUGUUGCUGAACCCUUCAGACAAGUCCAUCUGUGACGAGCUCCGGAACCUGAUCACGGACCCUUCGCGCCACAAGCUGCUGAUCUUGGCCGGGCCCUGCAUCGAGGAGACGGGGGAGCUGGUGCUGCAGUUGGGCUCCUUCUCCUGGCGAGACUUCAUCCAGGUCUUUGCGGACAAAGAGGUUGGGGAGCUGCUCAGCUCGGCAGACCCCUCUGCCAAGGCCAGCUUGACCGUGGUCAGCCCAGACUUUGGGGAAUGGAAGGACCCCCGUCUUCUCAGCCAGCACAACCUCCUGGACUUCAUCGACCUGCGCUUCAACCCCGGCUGCGUGCUGCCCCCGAUGGAGGGCCUGCAGGAGUUCAUGGAGUACCUCGCGGAGUCCCUGGAGCCCCCGUCCCCCUUCGACCUCCUGGAGCCCCCCAGCACCGUCGGCUUCCUGAAGCUCUCCAAGCCCUGCUGCUAUAUCUUCCCCGGCGGGCGAGGCGACUCGGCCUUCUUCGCAGUCAACGGCUUCAACCUCCUGGUGAACGGGGGCUCCAACCCCCGGUCCUCCUUCUGGAAACUGGUGCGCCACCUGGACCGCAUCGACUCCAUCUUGGUGACCCACGUGGGCACGGACAGCCUGCCCGGAGUGAACAGCCUGCUGCAGCGGAAGCUGGCUGAAAUGGAGGAGGACCCUUCCUCCUCCCAGGGCCCCCAGGGGGACGACUGGGGCAAGAACCUCAUCUCACCAGAGCUGGGCGUGGUCUUCCUCAACGCCUCCGAGAAGCUGAGGGACAUCGAGGGGGAUUCUGGCGUCCUGAAGAGCUGCGACGAGGCCCGCCUGACCCUGCGGUACCUGCACCGGCUGGGCAUUCGGCCCCAGCCGCUUUCCCGGGCGGGCGCCGCUCCCAGGACGGAGCCCACCAUCCUCUUCCAGAAGAUGGGCGUGGGGCGCCUGGAGAUGUACGUGCUGCACCCGGUGAGGGGCAGCCGGGAGCUGGAGUUCCUCAUGCAGCAGUGGUGCGGGAACGGCCACCCCAAAGGGCUGGAGCUGCCCCUGCAGUGCGUCACCUCCGUCUGCGCCCUCCUCGUCUGGCACCCGGUGAGCCCCAGCGACAAAAUCGUCCGGGUCCUGUUCCCAGGCUGCACUCCCCAGGCCAGGAUCUUGGAAGGGCUGGAGAAGGUCCAGCACUUGGAGUUCCUCAGGCACCCCGUGGUCACUCAGAAGGACCUGGACGCUUGCUCCUCUGGGCCCCCGGCCAAGCACAAGAGGGCCGAGAGCCAGGAGAGCCUCAAGUCCGGCUCUUGGCUCAGCCUGACGGAGUCCAAGGAGAGGAAGGAGCUGAAGCCGGCCGGUGCCAGGGACCGGCCCAGGGCGCCCAGCGAGGCCUCCAAGGGCAGCGUAGAGGAGGAGGAGAGGGCCAGGGGGCCCCAGCUGAAGACGGAGCCCCCGGCGGAGAAGAGCAGGCAGGACGCGAGGCCCAAGCAGCUGAAGGAGAAGCCUUCAGUGGCCAAGAAAGAGGGGAAGAAGCCGCUGCCGAAGGAAGAGGCUCCUCAGGAGAAGGAGGCGGCCAGGAAAGAGGGGAGGCUGACCAGGAGGGAGCCGGCCAAGAAGGAGGGGAAGCCAGAGAAGGCAGCCAAGCCGCCCCCAAGACCCCCCAGCGGCACCAGAGGCGGCCUCCCCUCCUCAUCCUCGGAGAAGGACGCGCAGGAGAAGCUGCGCGGGGGGCUCCGCCAGCUGGGGAAGGCAGGGCAGGUGCCCGGGGAGCCCGACGUCCUGGCCGAGAGGCAGCGGGGGCCGUCCCCCCUGGGCAGCGUGGAGUGCCAAGGGAAGGGCCCGGAGGCCGCCCAGAACGGCUUGGGCCCAGGGCGGGGCCCAGAGAGCCCUCAGCCUUUCCGGCACCUGGAAGCCGGCUCGCCUUUGAAGGGGAUUGGGCCCCCCUCCCCGCUGGCCAAGACUCCCAAGAGCGACCAGAGCCUUGACCUGGAACUGUCCCCAACUGACCUUCAGGCCCGGCUCAACCACUGCCCGGACGUGGAGGAGCCCGGGGGCAGUUCCGAAGAGAAGACCCUGGAGAUGAUGUCCCCGGCCAGUGCGGGGCACACGCCCUCCCACCCCUCCCCCAUGGAGGACGUGGCCAUGGAGGAGGAGCCCGUGGCCUUCCCGCAUCCCUGGAGGCCCGAUGGCGCCGGCCCCCGAGCCUCCCACGACAACUCCAGCUCUUCCCAGGAGAAGCCCUCCGGUUGCCUCUCCCCCAGCCUCUUGAGGGAUGACCUCCAUGACGUCUCCCCCACGCUCACCACCCCCUCGCUGCCGGCCGAAGUGGGCUCCCCCCACUCCACCGAGGUGGACGAGUCGCUCUCGAUCUCCUUCGAGCUGCUCCUGCCGCCCGUCAGCGAGUUCCCCCAGGAGGAGGGAGAGGGCUUGCAGGCCGGGGGGCUCACCCCGGACCCCGAGCCCGCAUUAGGGAAGAGCGGGAUGUCCCUGCCCAUCCUCUCCUGCCACCCCCAGCGCCUGGAUGGCCGUGUCCUGCCCAGGUCCGGCCAGCGGUCGGAUUCCCCUCAUGACGUGGACCUUUGCCUGGUGUCCCCUUGUGAGUUUGAGCACCCCAAGUCAGACAGGUCCCCCUCGGCCAACCUCAGCCCCCGGGACAUGUCCAACAGCAGUGACUUCUCCCAGGAAAUGGCCAAGCCCCUGUCGCACAGGAAGGGCCCCCGAGCCCGCCGGUCCCACCCUCUGCUGGACGAGACCCCACCCACGUCAUUCAGCGAAUCGCUCCCCACCCUCUCCGACUCGGACGCCCCGCCUGCCAUGGAAGAGUGUCCUUCUCUCACGGCCGAUGGAGCCCUGGACUCGGACGACGAGGACCCGGAGAGCCUCGCCCAGGCCCGCGACCCACUCCCGGCCCUCCUGAAAGACCCCUGCCCCCUCCCUGCCCAGCCGGGCAUCUGCAUGGUGGACCCUGAGAGAGAUGGGGCCGCCAAAGCCAAGCGGGCCUCGUUGCGGGGGUCUUCGGCCCCUCCCAAAGCAGACGCCCUCAAGGCCGCCGCUCCCAAUGCCCGGGCGAAGCCGUCCUCGGCCGGCGUGGGGGAAAGAGCCCGGCCGCCGGUCCCCGGCAGAAGCGACCCCCCGGCCUCCCGUGCCAGCGGGGACAACCGCUUGGCCUUCGCCCAACGGAACGCCAGCGCCCGGCCUCUCCCGGGGGGAGGAAGAGCCGCCUCGGCAGGGGCCCGGCCCGGCCUGCCGCGAGGCCCAGUGUACCUGGAGCUGGCCUACCUGCCCGGCUCAGCCAGCGCCCAGAAGGUGGACGAGGACUUCUUCCGCUGCGUCCGUUCCCAGUGCUACGUCAUCAGCGGGGAGGACCACCUGAAGGAGAGUGUCCUACGGGGCAUCCUGGAUGCCCUGCUCUCGGGCAAGCAGCACUGGGCCCACGACACCCAGGUCACGCUCAUCCCCACCUUCGACUCGCUGGUCAUGCACGAGUGGUACACGGAGACGCUGGAGCGGCAGCAGGAGCUGGGCGUGACCGUCCUGGGCAGCAACAGCACCGUCGCCAU